AUGGAUCCAAACAUCCAGGGGCCUUUCCUGUUCAACAACAGUCUGAACCAAUUCCCCUCGGACCUCAAGGCACCAGUGUGCCAGUACUCAGUGCCCAACUCCUUCUACAAGCUCAACCCGGGCCUGAACAGCCAGCUGCCAGCAGGUACCCCUCACGGCAUCAGUGACAUCCUGAGCCGCUCCAUGGUAGGGAUGGGCUCCAAUGGUACCACAACCCUGCUGUCUGGAUAUUCCACCAUGGGGGGAUUCGCCCCUUCUGUCACCAGCACGUCUAUGUACUAUAACCGAGACUACAAUUCCUCCCUGGGCGGCUUCUCCAAGCCGGGCGCCGAGUGCCCCAUGAAGGGUCUCAGUGUGAGCUGCUGGGCAGAGAGUGGCUGUGACUGGAGAGGAGGGAGACAGCAGUGCACCAACAGUAGUGGUCCUCUGGGGGAGAUGUCGGGCAGGAAGAAACAUACCAGACCGACCUUCAGUGGACAUCAGAUAUUUGCACUGGAGAAAACCUUUGAGCAGACCAAGUACUUGGCUGGGCCUGAGAGAGCAAGACUGGCUUAUUCUCUGGGCAUGACUGAAUCUCAAGUUAAGGUGUGGUUUCAAAACCGACGGACUAAGUGGAGGAAGAAGAGCGCCUCGGAGCCGAGCUCCACGCAGGCCAGCCACGCGGGACAAAGCGGCGACGCCUCGGAGAACGAGGUGGAGGACGAGGAGUACAACAAACCUCUGGACCCCGAUUCUGACGACGAUAAGAUCCGACUGCUGCUACGUAAACACCGCAGGGCUUUCUCCGUCCUGCGCCUCGGACCACACCACGUCUGA